AUGUGUUUCACCACCAGUUACCACGCAGCCAGGGAGCACCUCCGUCAGCUUCAUGAUGGAUGCUUAUGUUUUGUGGACCACUGCGCCAAUCCCAUCAUGCCGAACGAGCAAGCUUUGUGGCGUCAUCUCCUCUCACAACCUCAGAUUGCAAGGGAAGGUGGACGAUUUUAUUGCAGAUGGUGUGACCACCACCCGGAUGGAAAGAAAAUCUUGCACAACGCGCACAGCCACCCUUACGAGCACAAUUACGAGCACCGCUUGAGAUCGGAGCAGCAAGUGGCUGCCAAUGGAUCACAGAACGUAUCUUUCGUACCCUGUACCGGUUUUCAAGGGGUCCACAUGCCGCCUUUUGCGCCGGGCCCUGAUCGCAGCAUCGGGUUUGCCUGGUGGCUUUUCCGGUUGGUCUCCUGCCCUGGCUUCGUUACUGGACACUGCGGUCAUCUUCCCGCAUCUGCCUCUGAUCACAUUAAGGAUGUCGAGGAUCGGAAAAACGGCGCCCGUGACGAUCAGAAUGAGGUACCGUUGCAGCCGCCUUACCGAUGCCCUCCUCCGCCCUUCUCCUCGAUCGGUCUGCGUCGAUAA